GUCAUCGGGGUGCCCACGUCCCCACGGGGUGCAUGUGGGCCCACGGGGUCCGGGUGACUCCGCGGGGCCAUCGAGGUGCCGCUGUCUGUCUGUGCGCGGGGCUGUCCCCACGGGAGUGUCCCCACGGGGUGGUUGUGUCCCCGCAGCGUGUGUGUCACCACGGUGCUAUUGGGGUACGUGUCACCUCGGGGCGUGCGUCACCGUGGGGCUGUCACGCUGCCUGCGUUCCUAUGUGGGUGCCUGUGUCCCCACCGAGGUGCGCGUAUCCCUGCGGGGACAUGGGGGUCCCUGUGUGACACAAGUGGCGCCGCGGGGACACUGGGGCGUGCGUGUCCUCGCAGGGGUCACCGGGGCCCUUGCCAGGGGUGCGUGUCCCUGUGGGGCCCAUCUGCCCCCACGGGUGCCCGUGUCCCCCAGGGCCGUGCCAGGGCGUGCAGGGGAGCAGCGUGCCGAGGGGGGGUCCUGGGCUGUCCUGCCCAGGCACUGGGGUCCCCUCACCGGCCCUUGGCCCCCCUGGCUGUUUACACCGCCCGGGCUAUUUUCGGGCACCCUGGCCCCGCGGGUAUUUUUGGCCGCCCGGUGCGGGGCACGUGGGGGAAGGGCCAUGCCGGCGUCACCAGCCGGGACACCCGAUCCUGGGGGACAUGGUGGCUCUGUCCCCAACGGGGAGUUGCACAAGGCUGGGGGUCAGUACGGGGACGGUGUGUCCAGCGGUGCCUGGGUCUCUGCUGGCCACGGCGCGUCCCUCCUGCUGAAUCACUGCCCCGGGGCUCCCUCGUGCCUGUGGCCUCGCCGCACCGGCCCCGGUGCCGUGAGUCAGGCCCCGGCAGUGCCGUGGCAGGGUGGGGCUGGACAGCAUCACCCACCUGCGGCCGCCGGCCUGGCCGGGCGCUGGCACCGGCCACGGGAGGGGACACUGGUGACGUGCGGGGCUGCGGGAGCAUCGGCCGGCGGCGGCGGCGUGGUGGGCGAUGGCGGCUCAGGGGGAGUACCGGCGCCUGGAGGACUUCGAGGAGGACUCACCCCCCGGCGAGGAGGAGCUGCUGGUGCAUGUCACCGAGGGGCUGCAAGACUCCUGGCACCACAUCAAGAACCUGGAUAAUUUCUUCACCAAGAUCUACCACUUCCACCAGAAGAAUGGCUUCGCCUGCAUGAUGCUCUCCGAUAUCUUUGAGCUGGUGCAGUUCCUGUUCGUUGUCACCUUCACCACCUUCCUGCUGUGCUGCGUGGAGUACGACGUCCUCUUCGCCAACCGGCCGCUCAACCACAGCCACGCCGGGGGAGCAGCCCCCGACCGCAGCAAAGUGACGCUGCCCGACGACGCCGUCCUGCCCGCCCCGCAGUGCGCCCAGAGGAUCCGGGCCAGCGGCUGGAUCAUCUUCCUGCUGGUGAUGGCGGCCGUCUUCUGGCUGUACCGGCUGGUGAAGGUGCUCUGCAGCCUGCUGAGCUACUGGGAGAUCCGCACCUUCUACAUCAAAGCCCUCAACAUCCCCUCGGAGGGGCUGUGCAACUACAGCUGGCAGGAGGUGCAGGCGCGGCUGAUCUCGCUGCAGCGCCGGCAGCAGAUGUGCGUGCACAAGAAGGAGCUGACGGAGCUGGACAUCUACCACCGCAUCCUGCGCUUCAAGAACUACACGGUGGCCAUGGUCAACAAGUCGCUGCUGCCCGUCCGCUUCCACCUGCCGCUGCUCGGCCCCGUCGUCUUCCUCACCCAGGGCCUCAAGUACAACCUGGAGCUGCUCCUCUUCUGGGGGCCCGGCUCCCUCUUCCAGAACAAGUGGAGCCUGCGGCCGCAGUGCAAGCGGGUGGGCGCCCGGCGGGAGCUGGCCCGGCGCCUGGCACGUGCCAUGGUGCUGCUGGGGCUGGCCAACCUGCUGCUCUGCCCCUGCGUGCUGGUCUGGCAGCUCCUCUACGCCUUCUUCAGCUACGCCGAGGUGAUCAAGCGGGAGCCGGGCAGCCUGGGCGCCCGCCGCUGGUCCCUCUACGGCCGCCACUACCUGCGCCACUUCAACGAGCUCAACCACGAGCUGCAGGCGCGGCUGAGCCGCGGCUACAAACCGGCCACCAAGUACAUGAACUCCUUCACCAGCCCGCUGCUCACCGUGCUGGCCAAGAACGUCGGCUUCUUCGCCGGCUCCAUCCUGGCCGUGCUCAUCGUCCUGACCGUCUACGACGAGGAUGUGCUGACGGUGCAGCACAUCCUCACCGCUAUCACGCUGCUGGGGCUGGUGGUCACUCUGGCCAGGUCCUUCAUCCCCGACGAGCACACGGUGUGGUGCCCGGAGCAGCUGCUGCAGCGUGUCCUGGCCCACGUCCACUACAUGCCCGACCACUGGCAGGGCAACGCCAGCCGCUCGGAGACACGCAGCGAGAUGGCGCAGCUCUUCCAGUACAAGGCGGUCUUCAUCCUGGAGGAGCUGCUGAGCCCCAUCCUCACCCCCCUCAUCCUCAUCUUCGCCCUGCCCGCCCGUGCCCUGGACAUCGUCGACUUCUUCCGCAACUUCACGGUGGAGGUGGUGGGGGUGGGCGACAUCUGCUCCUUCGCCCAGCUCGAUGUCCAACACGGCAAUCCCCAGUGGCUGUCGGCCGGGCAGACGGAGGCCUCCGUGUACCAGCAAGCGGAGAACGGGAAGACGGAGCUGUCGCUGAUGCACUUCGCCAUCACCAACCCACGCUGGCAGCCGCCGCCGCCGAGCGAGCUCUUCCUCAGCCAGCUGAAGGAGAAGGUGCAGCAGGACGCGGCCGCCGCGCCGCCCGCCCAGCGCAUCCUGGCCGAGGGGCCGCUGGGCGCUUCCCUCCUCUCCGACGACUCGGCAGUGGCGCCGGACAGCUUGCUGGCCAGCGUCCUGGCCCGGCCCAUCCUCUCGGCCAGCGGGCUGGUGUCCUGGGACCGGCGCUUCGCCCAGCCCUGCAGCACCGCCAGCGCCGCCGCCAGCGUCCUGGCCUCCCUGGCGUCACCGCUGCCCGGGCGGACACGCUGGGCACCUCUGCCGAAAGCCCCGGCUGCCACAGCGACCGCCGCGCUCACCGAGGAAGGUCCUGCCGAUGGGGGCCUGCUCCUGAGUGAGUCGCGGCUGCGCAGCUUGAGCCGCUCGGCGCUGCUCUCCGAGGUGGCCUCGGCCGAGAUGAGCCUCCACGCCAUCUACCUGCACGAGCUCCACCAGCAGCAGCAGCAGCAGCAGGGCCCCGGGCCCCAGGCCGAGUGGGUGGCCGCUGGGGCACCCAAGCCGCCCUCCGUAACCGCAGGCUCGGCUGCCAGGGCCUCGCAGGCUCAGCACCGGGAGAUGCCGCUGGGCGGCUGGGCCGAGGAAGAGGAGGAAGAGGAGGAAGAGGAAGAGCAGACGACAGGCUAGCCGGCCUCGGCUUCGGGUCCUGGGCGUGCCGAGAGCUCCCGGUGCUGCCGGGAAAGCUGCCAGGAGGUGCUGGCUGGGACCGGGCGCAGCGGGGGGACUUGCCGCUGCCUGCCGUGCUGCCCUGCGGCGCGGGAUGGCCCAGCCAGCCUUGCCCGCAUGGGCCCCCCGCUCGGGUGUGUGGCCUUGCCGGCGGGCCCUGCCACGGUGCGGGGCCGGGGGCGCUGCCGGGGGCAGCCAGCCCCGCAAGGUGCUAUAUUUAGUGGGGGGGCACAGGGUGCCCGGGCUGCCCCGUCCUGGGCUUGGUGCCUCCCCGCUCCUGCCUUCUGCCCGGGCCUCUGCCCCCCACGGUGCCCUGCCACGGGCACCAGCCGCACCGAGCCGCCAUGGGAAAUAAAGGUUUACAGACGG